AUGGUAACUCGGAUUCCAACCCAUUGGGAAUGUCUUCUGCUUCUCUUUCUAAUCGGAACUUCGAUGGCGAAUCAGACGAGUGCUUCUCAUUCAGAGCUCCAGCAGAGUCAGCCCGAUGGCGUCGAAGACUGGAAGAGUGAACUGCCCAGCCUGGACCCGAUCCCAUCCUGGUGGAUGAAAGAGUACCACAGUCCGCUCGCAUCACAUGGCCAGUACGGACGACUACCUGAUCGAUCAGCACAGAAUACCAAGACUACUACCAUCAUCGGCACCGGCAUCACCGGCAUCAGUUGUGCGCUUAACUUGGUCAACUCUUUAGCCACUGAUCAGGCUCGCAAUCGUCUUAAGCUCAAGGAGAAUCCAAUUAACAUCGUCUUGGUCGAGGCCAGAGAGUUCUGUAGUGGUGCUACUGGACGGAACGGGGGACACCUGACCGCCUCAGCAAUCUUGGGUACCAAGACGAGAGCAGAGAAAUUCUCGGCUGCAGAGGCAAUCAGAGCCGUCAAACUAGAGCUCAAAUCAGUCAAGGAUUUAUUGGAUCUGAUCCACUCUCACGAUUGGAAGGAUGAUGUUGAUUUGGUCGAAGGCGGGAAUGUUCAUAUAUACAAUGAUCACAAAGAACAGGCCCAACAGAUGGAUCAACUCCAAUUUGCUAACUCACUCGGUCUCGAUUUGUCCGGUAUACAUUGGCUGGACAAACAAGCUGCGGUUCAAGCUUAUGGUUUGCGGAGUUCGUCGGUUGGGGCACUAAAGAUCCCUGGAAAUAACCUCUUUCCAUCAAAGUUAAUGACAAAAAUCUAUAACCUGAUUCAAUCGAAAGCCUCGUUGAUUGAUGGGCUCAACAUCGAACUAUUCACCCACACAGCGGUUCGGAAGAUUGAGCGUUCAGCUUUCGGGAAACCUAACUGGAUGGUUGACACCUCAAGGGGAAAAUUUGAAUCAAAAUAUGUUGUCCAUGCAACCAACGCCUACGCCAGUUACCUUCUCCCCCAGUUGAGAGCUCAUCACCAACAGAUCAUUGUUCCUACCCGCGCCCAAGUAAUAGCCGUCCAACCAAAAUCAUCGAACCGAUCGCAAGUCUGGACGAGCGGAUUUAGCGCCAACGAGGGUUAUGAUUACCUUUUCCAACGACCAUUUCGUCCUUCAGACAAACGGUCCGCCGAUCCUCGAAACCCUGUAGUGAUUCUAGGUGGGGGAAGAAACCAUGCCCCACCACAAUUCGAAGUCGGGAUUGGCGAUGAUUCGCGUUUGAAUGGCCAAGUGGGAACGUACCUGCGGUCAUUUUUGCCUCAAUGGUUCCCCAGUUACUAUGGUGAUCUAGAUAACGGUGAUGUGGUCCAUGAAUGGCCUGGAAUCAUGGGCUUUACAAAAGACCACGAUCCGAUUGUCGGCCACCUAGUCAAAAAUGGAAGUCAAGUUGAGGGCCAAUUCAUCGCGGCUGGCUAUUCUGGACACGGCAUGAGUCGGGCACCAGGAUGUGCUGAAGUGGUAGCUUCGAUGAUCUUCUCAGAGUUGAUGAGUGAAAAAUGGUCUGUCCCGGAUUGGUUUCCAACUCAUUACCUGACGGUAAGACCUUGA